AUGGCAUGGUCUGAUCUACCCAUAGAUCUCCUUUAUUGCAUCUCAUCUCACUUGUCCAUUGUAGACUUAGUCCGAUUAUCUGUUGUCUGCACCUCAUGGACUUUCACUCUUGCCAACUAUGCACUCAUUGGAUUUCAAUGUCAUCCCUCCCCAUGGUUGCUCCUUUCCAAUGAUGUCAGAGAGGUCUCCGAUGAACUAACCUUCCGCGAACUUACCAUAAGAGAAGAAGAUGCUGUCCUCACCUUCCGUCGUCGGUUCUCCUCCAUUGGUAGCCACACCUAUGGUCGCCGCUGUUUUGGAUCCAAUAAUGGAUGGCUUGUGACCCUUGACAAAACUGAUCUACAGCCUCGCCUCUUCAACCCUGUCACAAAGGCUGAAAUAUCGCUCCCAUCACUUUUCACCUUGAUUGAGAUACAAUAUGCCCCUGAUGGCUCUAUCAGAAUUUUGGACAAUGAAACUUUCUUUGACAUUAUGAUUGAUGACGUACGUGAUAUAUAUUUUCAUAAGAUUAUUGUAUCCUCUAAUGACUCUUAUGGAACUGCUGUAGUUAUCUACGGCAUUAAAAAAGAGCUUGCUUUGGCAAAGUCAGAAUCUCUGACUUGGGUUCAUGGGCCACAUUUAUCUCCUUACAGCACAGAGGAUGAUGAGCAAUUUGAGGAUGUUUGCUAUAAUCAAGAAAAUCAAAUAUUUUACACAAUCACAAAUUUAUCUAUGGUGCUUGCUUUUGAUCUCAACGGACAAAAUGUUGAAUUGAUCUCCCCGAAUAUGCCCAAUUCAUGCUAUCGCACCAGCAACUUCGAUUGUAUGUACUAUAUCGCCUUUUUUUCAGGAACUCUUCUAAGAAUAGCGAGGGUAAUUGAUAUUACUCCUAAUAGUCCCUUUAACGCGAGAACGAUAGCUAUAUUUGUUUUCAAGUUUGUGCCAGCUGUUGUUACUUCUUCUUCUUCUUCUUCUUCUUCUUACUCUCAAUGGAUCCCCGUCAAUGAUUUGGAGGAAUAUUCCAUUUUUGUGGGUUUUAAUCAAACAUUUUCUUUGCAUCACAAGGUUUCUAUCGGAAUUAAACCAAACUGCAUAUAUUUUGCCGAUCAUUCUAGCAAUAUGUCGCCAGGUUUUGUUGAUUGUGAUGUUGGACUUUUUGAUUUUUACAACGAUCGGAUGCAGUAUAUCCUUCGCCCAUAUUCACGUACUAAUUGGCCUCCAUCAAUCUGGUUUACACCAUCACUUUCAUAA